GUCGGAAGGACCCCACGCUCGGAUCCUCAGGCGGUGGCAUCCGGAUGGUGUGCCCAGGCCACCCUGUCCCCCGUCACAGCAUGUCCCGGCUGGACUUGGAGGAGCUGGCCGAAAUAGAGCUGCAGAGAGAUGAGGAGGAGGCCGCGGCACUGGGCGCGGUGAGAAGGACCCCGGUGGCGCCCACGGCUGGCCCGGACCCUGCUCUGAGCAUGAAUCACCCCUUCUACGACGUGGCCAGACACGGCAUCCUGCAGGUGGCCGGGGAGGACCGCCUUGGAAGACGAGUCGUCACGUUCAGCUGCUGCCGGAUGCCCCCCUCUCAUGAGCUCAACCACAGGCGGCUGCUGGAGUAUCUGAAGUACACGCUGGACCAGUACGUGGAGAGUGAUUACACCAUCGUCUACUUCCACUACGGGCUGAACAGCCAGAACAAGCCAUCCCUGGGCUGGUUCCAGAGCGCCUACAAGGAAUUCGACAGGAGGCACAGGAAGAACCUGAAGGCCCUGUACGUCGUGCACCCCACCAACUUCAUCAGAGUCCUGUGGAACAUCCUCAGACCCCUCAUCAGUCACAAGUUUGGGAAAAAAGUCACCUAUUUCAACUAUCUGAGUGAGCUCCGUGAACACCUCAAAGACGACCAGCUGAUCGUCCCCCCGGAGGUGCUGCGGCACGACGAGGAGCUUCGGAACCUGCACACAGGCAGGCUGCCCCCUCCCACCAAGACGCCGCCGCCGCGGCCCCCUCUGCCCACCCAGCAGUUUGGAGUCAGUCUGAAAUACCUCAAGGAUAAAAAUCAAGGUGAACUCAUCCCCCCUGUGCUGAGGUUCACGGUGACGUACCUGAGAGAGAAAGGACUCCGCACCGAGGGCCUGUUCCGGAAAUCGGCCAGUGUGCAGACUAUCCGCGAAAUCCAGCGGCUCUACAACCAAGGGAAGCCCGUGAACUUUGAUGACUACGGGGACAUCCACAUCCCUGCCGUGAUCCUGAAGACCUUCCUGCGGGAGCUGCCCCAGCCGCUGCUGACUUUCGAGGCCUAUGAGCAGAUUCUGGGGAUCACCAGUGUGGAGAGCAGCCUGCGGGUGACCUGCUGCCGCCAGAUCUUGCAGAGGCUUCCAGAACACAACUACGCCGUCCUCCGCUACCUCAUGGGCUUCCUGCACGAGGUGUCCCGGGAGAGCAUUUUUAACAAAAUGAACAGCUCCAACCUGGCCUGUGUCUUCGGGCUGAACUUAAUCUGGCCAUCCCAGGGGGCUUCUUCCCUGAGCGCCCUGGUGCCCCUGAACCUGUUCACUGAACUGCUGAUCGAGUACUACGAAAAGGUCUUCCGCGGCCAGGAUGCACACGGGGAGCCCGGCGCCAGCGGGGCCGCCCGAGACGGACAUGCCAGAGACAGAGCUGCUGCAGGGCCCGCCAGGCCCCCCGUGCCCCCGCGUCCCCUGCCCGCGGCUGGGAGACCCCUCUAGCACUGGGAGUGUCACGGUGAAGUCUAUCAGUCUGCGCACGUGCAUGCGUGCUGUGUGAACUUGCAUUAAAUGGCCUUCUGGUGAACCUUCUAGUAGGAAUUCCAUGGUCCUGAGGGUUCAGCCCUUCACACUGUUCCUGACUGCGGGCUGAGAUAAGAUGACGGGUCUGUGAGGACCGCGACCCAACCUGGCUUAACUGCGGUCAGACCUUUAUGGGCUGGGCCUUGUGCCAGGCAUCUCCUGCUGCCGUGAUGCUGUGUGACAGACCGCAGAUCCAGGGGCUUCAAACAGCGGCUCUUUGUCGUUGCCCACAGGUCAGCGGGGCAGUUCUGGUCCUGUUGGGAUUGCUCAGUGUAGUCGGGCGAGAGGUCAGCGGGGACACUCAGGUCUCCUGCAGGCGUCACAUUUCCCUUUAGUCGGCUGAUCCAGGCGCUUCGUGCAACGUGGGCCAAGGCUCAGGCACAGACACUAGUGCAGCGUCUCUCUGAGCUUACGUGGUUCACUUGUGCUCACACACUGUUGGCCAGAGCAGGUCUCAUGGCCAGGGCCAAGGUCAUAGUGGAAGGGUUCUGCCACGUUAGCAAGGGGUGUGGAUACGGGGAGUUGGAGAACUGGGGCAGCUGUCAGCCUGCCCGAGGGCUCCAGGACAUGCUCUGGCCCUGCGAUCUCAGGCUGGCUGGCCCCCAGCCUUGCAAGGUGGGCCCUGUGUUUCCAGCUUUAAAUACAGUGAGGAGCGGUAGGAAGUCGUUGUUCUCCAUUCCCAAAAAAGAGCCCCCAAUUUCCCUGAUCAGCCAGGCUUAGGUCGCGUGCCCACCCUGGACCAGCGCGGUGGCCAGGAUGUGCACUGGUGGGCUGGCCUGAGCUGUGUGCCCUACACUGACCUGGCAGUGAAGGAGGGGGGUCCCCCGAUGUGUCAUUGUGCUGGGGCCACCAUAGCAAAUACUGCAGACCGUGGCAUAAACAGCAGGUCUUUGUGUUCUCUCCAUUCUGGAGGCUGAAGUCCAAGGUCAGGGUGCUGGCGUGGUCAGGUUCCCGGUCGGGUUCCGGUGAGGGCUCUCUUCCUGGCUUGCAGGUGGCCGCUUUCUCCCCCUGUCCUCACAUGGCAGAAGAGAGCACCCUCUGGGGUCUGUUCUUACAAGGAGACAGAUCCUGUUGGAUCAGGGCGCCACCAUGCUCCUGGCCUCAUUUAGUCUUGACUACUUCUGUCCAGACUCUGUCUCCAAAUACAGCCACACUAGGGGUUAGGGCUUCAAUAGAUGGAUUUCAGAGGGACACAGCCACUCAGGCCACAACACCGAGUAAUAACACCCUAGUGACGUGCCACCCUCCACAGAGGGUCGGCUGUGUGUCAGGCACUGCCAAGCCCCCCACUCUCUGGCUGCAGAGAGAACGGGGCUGCCAGGGAGCAGAGGACACAUGUCCACUGCGGGGACACCAUCAGCCAGUCCAGGACAGGGAUAGGGUGUCAGUGCCCGACUGAGCUGUGACCCGGGUGUCUGCAUGGACCCUUGGAGUCGCUGGGGGCUCCACUCUGGAUUGGAAGGUGAAGGGGACUCAUUCACCUCCUGCCUGUCCUCAUCUCCACAUUAACUCCACUCCUGACCUGUCGUGUGCAGUCCUCUGCUCUGCUUGUCUCCGCUUUCCUUGAGGGAGGGGACGUGUACCCAGCGAGUAUCUCCCAGUGCCUGUCAGUGAAUGAGUGACCCCUUGUGCUGAGGACCAGGCAGACUGAGGGCAGGAGAGCAUCUGCCGGGAGUAUUAAUCCUACCUGAAGAAGUUUCUCCCCGUGGCGCAGGUGGGCCUAUGUGUCUUCUCUGAUCAUCUCAUUCCUGGUCUACAGAUGAGGACUGGAAGGCCCAGAGAGGUGAAGGGCCUUGCUCUAAGUCACACAGCUUGUCCUCAGCAGAGCAGGGAUUCAGGCCUGUGCAUCCCUGUGCUGUAGGAGCCAAAGGGAGAGAUGGGGCCUCAGUCUCAGCACAUGUACAAGGGUGGGGGUGGUCACACUGCACACUCCCCUCCAGCUCUGAGGACACCAGCACAGAAGCCACGAGGCCUGAGCUGGGAUCAGCUCCACCAAAUGUCUGAUCAGGCUGAACUCCCACCUGCCUGCUUCCUAUUUGAACACAGGUGAACCAUCCAGUGGGGACACCAGGGUUCAUCCGCCCCGCGUCCACAACAGCAGAACAUGGAAACAAAGUAAGUGUCUGUCGAUGGAUGAAUGGAUAAAGAAGAUGUGAUUACAUAUACAGUGGAAUAUCAUUCAGUCCUGAAAAGUGAGGAAAUCCUACCAUUUUUGACAACGUGAAUGGACCUUGAAGGCAUUAUGCUGAGUGAAAUAAGUCAGGCAGAGAAAGACAAAUACCAUAUGAUAUCAUUUACUAUGUAGACUGAAACACACAAAACACACCAACCUCACAGAAAAGGAGUUUUGUGGGUACCAGAGGCAGGGGGUGGGGGGAGGAGAAACUGGAGGACGCUGGUCAGAAGGUACAGACUUCAGCUCCGAGAUGAAUGAGUACGAGGGAUGUGCCGUACGGCGUGCCUGCAGCUGACCCUGCUGCACCAUCUGCAGGGAAGCUGCCGAGCGCAGCUUCUAAGAGUUCUCAUCACAAGGACAUUUUUUUUUCUUUUUACUGUAUCUAUAUUGAGAUGAUGGAUGUUAACCUAUUGUGAUGAACGCUUCACAAGGUAUGUAAAUCAGCCCUUCAUGCUCUACACCUCACACUCAGGGAUGUACUUUAGCUAUUUCUCAAUAA